AUUAAAAAAUUAAUAAUCUAUUGCGGAAGUACGAAUUAGUAUUCAAAUUCUGCGAAUUGAAAAGAGACAUCGACACAUCGACACAGUCUUGCUAAAUCACAAGAUCAUAAUACAAUAACUAACACUCAACGAAUAAUUAUAAUAUAAUAAUAAUUAUAAUACCCGAUGGUCAGUAUUCGCAUAGUUGCUUCGACGUCAAUCGCCAUUAGUUUCCCCAAAUAAUGGAAUCUUUUCGUGUUUCAGCUGGUGCUCUCAUGGACGAACUUAACAUGUUGGAUCCGAACAUCAGUGACUUAGACACAAUCAGUGCACCUCUACAUCGUGGCCAGACAACGCCAGCGCACGAACAACGUUUCAUGUGCGGGGAGUGCGGCAAAGGAUAUAAAUGGAUGGAUAAUUUGCGAAGACAUCAGAGACUGGAGUGCGGCAAGCUGCCCAAGUUCCACUGCAAAAUCUGCAUGAAAAUGUUUUACCGUCGAUACGAACUGACAAAUCACAUGAACAUGAAACAUCAUAUGUAGUUAACUUUUUCGUGAUAGGUGUUUUGCGCUCUAAAGAAUACUAUUGUUUUUUAUCCUUACAUUACUGUUAUAUUUACGAUGGAAGACUGAAUUACAUAGAAAUCACCGAUCAACAUUUCAUGGUGUUUCCAUCGGCGCUGUGAAUCCAACUAAUAAUAUAUAUUGACAUAAUAAUAUAAAUAAUUAAUU